AUGAAUGCUUUAUGUUUCAUGCAACUGACAGACGAAAGCCGUAAACAACUUAUUUUUGCUCCACGGGUGCUGAAGAUCAACUUUCAGAACAGAAAAAUGUCACGGACUCAAUAGCCCCAGGACAGUUUUGACACGCGUUGUGUGUCGCGUCGCGGUCGCGUCGCGGUCGCCGUACACACUUCAUAGUCCUGUAACUGGACAAAAUAUUGUGCCAAUGGUCUGAAAAUUUUUUUUUUGAUAGAAAACUUCGCCGUAGUUUUGAGAGAUUUUGAAGGUUUUGAAAUGCCCAAUUUCUGAUCGUGAGGCACAUCACGCUAAUGUCUGCCAAAAAGAUAUGUAGCUUCCAGUUGGCUUAAUCUUCUAUUACCCCAUCUGAAAAUGUUGCUGAAGAUUAUUAGAAAAGUGGCAAGAAAUGCGAUUUGUAGGCUCACUUGAGCGGAAAAUUUGGUGUGUGGUGUUUACACAUCGGCAAUUGCAAUUAU